CAUCCGGUGUGUCUGAAACGCUCUAGAAUAUUACAGCAGCUUCGCGUUCAUUCUGCUGUGUGUAUUUAAGCGCGUGUCCGACUGCUGGCGCUCUUUCAGGCUGUCAUGACAUUACAGAAUAUAUCCGCAUUAACGCUCAUGUAAACAUAAGCCCUGAACCUGUGCUGGAGACGUCCAGAGGAGCAUUAUAUUACAUAUCAACAGGUGUGUGUGUGUGUUUGCGUGAAGUGCUUAAACCUGUAAGUCUUCACCUGCGGAAGAGAGCGGGCAUACGGGCCCGUCGUCAUGCUAUGCUGGGGAAAUGCCUCGUACGGGCAGCUCGGUUUAGGUGGAAUUGAUGAGGAGAUAGUGUUGGAGCCGAGGAAAUGUGAGUUCUUCGAGGGCAAGCGUGUGCGGGACGUGGGAUGUGGCAGACGUCAUACUGUCUUUCUGCUGGAGGACGGGACGGUCUACACCUGCGGCUGCAAUGACCUGGGACAACUGGGGCAUGACAGAUCACGCAAGAAACCAGAACAGGUAGUGUCUCUGGAUGCUCAGAACAUUGUGGCCGUGUCAUGCGGUGAAGCUCAUACUCUGGCUCUGAAUGAUAAAGGACAAGUGUUUGCAUGGGGUUUGGGUUCAGACGGGCAGCUCGGCCUUUCAAAUAUGGAAGACCGUGUCCGUGUACCCAGAACUGUCAAGUGUUUGUCAGAGGUUCACAUUACCCAGGUGGCCUGUGGAUAUUGGCAUUCCCUUGCUUUAGCCAGAGGAGGUCAGAUAUUCUCCUGGGGCCAAAAUAAAUAUGGACAGCUGGGGCUCGGGAUGCAGGGAGCCGGUGUCUCCACCCCACAAGUCAUUCAGUCUUUACAGGGCAUCCCAUUUGCCCAGAUAUCUGCAGGGGGCGCUCACAGCUUCGGGCUCACGCUGUCUGGGGCCAUUUUCGGCUGGGGACGAAACAAGUUCGGCCAGCUGGGCCUCAGUGACAAUGAUGAUCGCUAUUUCCCUGCCUUGCUGAAGACUCUCAGGUCCCAACGGGUCGUUUACAUAUGCUGUGGAGAGGACCACACGGCAGUACUAACAAAGGAGGGAGGUGUAUUUACAUUUGGAGCUGGUGGGUACGGUCAGCUGGGACACAACACCACAAACCAUGAGGUGAACCCCAGGAAGGUGUUUGAACUGAUGGGGAAUGUGGUUGCACAGAUAGCUUGUGGUAGGCAGCACACUUUGGCGUUCAUCCCUUCAUCAGGAAAGAUUGACUCAUUUGGUCUCGGGGGUAACGGACAGCUCGGAACACGCACCACCUACAAUAGGAUGAGUCCCGCCCCUGUGAAAGGCUGCUGGCGAGCACAUACUGAUCCCGUGCCUAUGGAUAUAGAUUUGACAGGGCUGUGUAUUUCAGAGGCGGAGCAGAGUUACUGUGUGAAGAGGAUCUAUGCUGGAGGAGACCAGAGCUUCGCUCACUAUGCUUUACCUCAGGAUGACAGCCCUCCACUGGAUGUGAGGAUAACCAGACCUGACGGACAGAUCUAUACACUCAGCGCUGACCUCAUCCAGAAAUGGCUCAAUCACGGCCAUGGGAGACUGUCACCAGAAAUCACCAAUGAGAUUGAUCUUGUGUUCUCUUCAGCGAGUUGUCUCAAUGGAAGUUUUCUGUCUGGAAGUAGUCCAGAUCACUACAGCACAAGCAGUAAGUGCUCAGGUGUGGACAUUAACACGGCCCGUCUGUUCUACCACAGGCUCAUCCAGCCUGAUUACCCACAAAUAUCACAAAUUAUAGCUGCCAGUUUGGAGAAGAAUCUCCUUCCCAGAUUGAGCAGUUCUCCUCCAGACAUAGAGGCUUUGAGGCUCUACCUCACGCUGCCCGAGUGUCCGCUCCUCAGCAACCCCAACAACUACACCACCCUCACUAUUCCUUUCGCCAAGGCCAUCGUAAGCCUGAAAGACACCCCCAUCAAAGUGCUUGGAAACUGGUGGUCCAGGUUUGAACCAGCGGUCUUCCAGAGGCUGGUGGAGCUCUAUAAGGAGGUGGUGGUGUAUCUACUGCGGAUGCAGAAACUGGGAAUCCCCCAUUCUGAACAGAGGAUCUUCACCUGCUUCCUGCACACCUCGCUCAAACUCCUGGAGAUCCUCCACUCGGUUAAUGAGCGUGCUGGCCAGAUCAUCCAGUAUGACAAGUUCUAUAUUCAUGAGCUGGAUGAGCUUAUUGACAUCAGGAAUGAUUAUGUCACCUGGUUUCAGCAACAGAUGUUCUCUGUGGUGAGUCUGCAUUGUACAAAGGUCAUGGACUCGCAGGUCACCUUGUGCAAAUACCCGUUUGUUUUUGACGCUCAGGCGAAGACGACGCUGCUCCAGACUGAUGCUGUGAUCCAGAUGCAGAUAGCCGUGGACCAGGCUCAGAGACAGAACUUGCACUCGCUCUUUCUGUCCGGUGGAGGAGUAGAGUCAGUAAACCCCUGCCUCAUCCUCAUCGUACGCCGAGAUAACGUGGUUGGAGACUCCAUGGAGGUGCUGAGGAAGUCCAAAAACGUUGAUUACAAGAAGCCGCUCAAGGUGAUCUUUGUUGGAGAGGAGGCCGUGGAUGCUGGCGGCGUGAGAAAAGAGUUCUUCCUGCUCAUCAUGAAAGAACUCCUAGACCCUAAAUAUGGCAUGUUUCGAUACUACGAGGACUCCAGACUCAUCUGGUUUGCUCACAAGACAUUUGAAGACAUCGACUUGUUCCACUUGAUCGGUGUCGUCUGUGGAUUGGCCAUCUAUAACCUCACUAUAGUGGAGCUGAACUUCCCACUAGCACUGUACAAGAAACUCCUGAAGAAAGUGCCCACACUAGAGGACCUGAAAGAACUCAUGCCUGACGUAGGAAGGAGUCUUCAGCAGCUGCUGGAUUAUACGGAGGAUGAUUUGGAAGAAACUUUCUGCCUGAAUUUCACAAUCACAGAGGAAAAUUUUGGUGCCACAGAGGUAUUAGAGCUGAUACCCAACGGGACGGACAUCAGCGUCAACAAAUCCAACAGGCAGGAAUUUGUCAAUGCCUACGUUAAUUAUAUAUUCAACACCUCCGUGGCUCCUCAGUUCAGUGCUUUCCACGCUGGAUUUCACAAAGUGUGUGGAGGGAAGGUUCUAGAGCUUUUCCAGCCCAGUGAACUUCAGGCCAUGGUUAUAGGAAACACCAAUUAUGACUGGAAGGAAUUGGAGAAGAGCACAGAGUAUAAGGGCGAGUACUGGGCGGAUCAUCCCACCAUCAAGAUAUUCUGGGAAGUAUUUCACGAGCUGCCUUUGGAAAAGAAGAAACAGUUCCUGCUGUUCCUGACGGGCAGCGACCGGAUCCCCAUCAUGGGAAUGAAGAGCCUGGCGUUAGUGAUCCAGCCCACCGGUGGAGGAGAGCAAUAUUUCCCUGUAGCGCACACAUGCUUCAACCUGCUGGAUCUGCCCAAGUACAUGAGUAAGGAGUCACUCCGAGAGAAACUGCUGCAGGCCAUCGAACACAACCAGGGCUUCAACCUCGUCUGACGUCACAGAGCGAUCCGUGCCACGCAGGUACCACACGCGCUUCAGACUGCAGAAGAGCUCGUGUGAUUCACUGCGACUGCUGCUUUUGAUUCGUUUUUGAAAUUAGCAUAGAAACAUUUGAUUUAUCUGAAUAAUCAUCAGUUACAAUUUAAAUAAAGACACUAAAAUCUGCAAAUACAGCAUCCCAGUGGGACUGAAACAUGAAAACAGUAUUUGUAUAUCAGUAUUUUGAUACUUACUCAAAGUUUGGGUGACAUUUGUGUGCUAGUAAGCUUUAUAUCUUUUUUUACAUGUAACAUUUUACAAUAAGGUUCUAUACAUUAACAUUAGUAUCAUAAACUAACAGAAUUCAUUCAUUUAUAAAUUCACUUUAGUGAUUUAUAUUUAUAAAUACACUAUUCAUUGUUUGCUCAAAAUGCAUUAACUGCUGUUAACAUACAUAUACUAAUACAUUUUCAACAGUAAAUGUAACAGUAUAUGAAGAGAUUACAUUAAUUAAUAUUAUUAAAGGCUAAUAUUUAUUGUUAAUGACAAUAUUAACUAAUAUUAGCGUAUACAACCUUAUAGUAAUGUGUUACCAGUACGUUUUUUUUUUUUUUUUGCUCUUCAAAACCUUUGCUUAUUGUUUUAAUUAUGUUUUGAUUCUAAAUAACUUAACAUGGAUGUGCAAAAAUCACACUUGCUAAACCAAUAAGAUGCAACAAGAUGACUUUUGAAGAAGCAAUGAUGUUUGGCAAGUCGUUCAGGUUGACUUUAGGACGUAAUGGAUGAAUAUUAAUGCAGAAUCACACAUGAUUUUAAUAUGUGUCCUUAAGGGAUCUUAGAGCACUUUUGUUACAUAUGCCUUAACUAAAAACAAACACAUAGAUUGUUUUGAUAUUUAUUUUGUUUUGAAAGAUUGAGUAAGUACCACAAUCUGAUAGCAGGUGCAGGAAUGUGUCUGAUGGACACUGAAUGUGUUCAUCACGGUUGUAAUGUUCAUAUACUGGAGUGGCAAUACAAAGUCUUACAGGUGUUAAGAGUUGUAAUAAUAAAUGACCAAUAAAAAUAAGUGAGUUGGAUUAUUGCACUCAUUCAUGGUGCAGGACAUUCAAGUUAAAACUCUGUUAGUCUUAAAAUGCUCAUGGCUCAUCACGUGUGUGUGUGUGUGUGUGUGUGUGUGUGUGUAUGAGCUACUAGUUGCUGUGCCAUUAUGUGUGUGUGUGUGUUGAAAGGUAUGUGGAAGCAAUUCAACAAAUGCUGACAUUUUUCUUGUGUUUGUAAAUUGUAAAUAAACACAAUAUUUUCUA